GCCCUGCUGAAAUGCCCGAGAGGACAAUGGACACGCACGCAGAGGGAGCUGCCGGCUGGGACACCGGACACCACACCAUUCACAUAUCUCGCGACAGCAGAAACCACGUCGCGACGCUGCCACAGCAGCAGGCUAUGAUGGUGCUCAUGAGUUCCAUCCCAGUUCUCAGGCCGCGAAUGCGGUUCCAAAAUACUCCAAGCAAACAGGCAGUUUCGAUUGGGCGAAGCGCGUGGAAAAUCCACCGCGCCAGGAAAUCCCAGAGCGGCGUCGGAUCGUGGCCUCGUGCAGCGGCAUCCGCAGCAGGAAUAAUGAAUCGUCAUGAUCUACGUUGCCGAGCCCGCAGACAGGAACGGGGGUGUAAGCCGAUCCGCGAGAAAAAUCCAACCUACAAGACCUACAAGGCCAAGCGACAUCCCAAUCCGAGCGUUUCAUCUUGCCCUCUGCUCUGUCCCCUCACACCUUCUCGCCAGGCUCAGUGGUGACAUCAGCUGAGGUCCGGUAGUUUGCCUCUGCAGCCAUGCCUCAAAUCCAGAACACCAUGCGGCAAAACUGCACACUCCUAGCUGUUCUUUGUGGGGAGUUUGCUGAGAAGCGGCAGACACCAGCUUCCCUGGCGCCAGACACAAAGCGGCUGCGGCUGUCAUACCCUUUCCCUGAGCUCGCUUCGUCUGGGAGACUGGAGGUGCACACGCUAAUCAAUCCCACUUUGGAGCAAUUUAGAGAGGCACAGCAGGCGGUGCAUCCUGUCUUCUUGUAUCUUCAGGGGCAGCAGCAAGAGAAUGAGGAGGAGAUUGGCACGCUUGUCUGGGGUGAUACAGAUUUAUCUGACCCGCAGAUGUUUGUCUCACUCAUCACCCCACCAUUUCCGACCAUGGUUUAUUUAGAGGUUCCCACUGGGGAAAAGCUUGCCCAGUCACUUCAUUCAAAGGGGAUACCAUAUGUGGUAUAUUGGAGGAAUCUAUUUUCAUCUUAUACAGCAUCUCAUUUUCGUCAUGCGUUAAUGUCAGUCAUUCAGAGUUCCUGCAGCCAUACAUGGGAUGCAUUUCAACUUGCACAUGCCUCCUUCCGACUAUACUGUGUAAGAAAUAAUCAUGUACAAAGUGUUAAGCUUGGCCCCUGCCUACUUGGGGAUGCUCCAAAAACAAAUGUCAUCCCUGCUGGGGAUGAAGUGAAUGAGGAACAAGGUUGUUCUGAAGGUUUUCCAGAUAUAAGAAUAUAUGAUGAAGAUGUGAGCAUGAAAUUUCUUCUCUGUGGAGUACCAUGCACCCUGGAUGCAUGUUUGUUGGGGGCACUAGAAGAUGGUUUGAAUGCGCUCUUGAAUAUCGAGAUUCGUGCGAGUAAACUUCAGAACCGAGCCAGUGCUCAUCCACCUCUUCAAGCUGAAGAUCUUCCACAUGGAGUUGUUACAAUGCGCUGCGAUAUCACAACUUGCAGUUCUGCACAUGUGUCGUUUCUUGUUUCAUGCAGUGCCCAAACUUGUUUUGAUGAUCAGCUUCUAGGGAGCCGUAUCAAGAAUGAAAUUAUUGAGAAGAGGCAGUUAGUUCGUGCUCUAUUGAAUAAUGAGGAUAACAAGCCAUCUUCAUAUGAGCCUUUGCCUUCCAUGUGCGUGGCUUGCGGAGCUUCUACUUUUGAAGUCUGGAUAACCAUGCCAAAAUGGGCAGCACAGGUUUUGAAACAUCUUGCGCCAGAAAUCUCCUACAGAAGCUUGGUUGCACUUGGAAUUGCUUGGGUAAAUGGUACACCAGUGUCCUCAUUUGAUAGGCAGGAUGCAGACCGGCUUCUUUUCUUUUGCUCUAACCAGUGCGGAGAUCAAGCUAUUCAAAAUGGCUCAUAUGCUCAUGUAUCCAGCUGGUCAGCACCCCUUACCAAGGAUAGAACCACUGGAAGUCUCGAGUCAAAACAGAUGUCAUUUGGUGCAAAAGGAGUUGUAGGGGAUAAUACGAUCUCCCUAUCAUCAUUGAAACCAAGGCUAAAGCCUGCAACAAUGAGACCCCUUCCUCACUCUCGCAAGCAACAAAUGCAUCCCUUUAUGGGGUUUCCUCAGUCCAUCAUUCACGAUGCUAGUCAAGUUAAGCCUAGCUUGCCAGCCCCUCCUGUGAAGCACAACGCAGUACCUGUUACCGCAGUGACACCGAGAAAAUCAUCAUCUGGGUCACCAUCAUCCUGGUCACGUGUUCAGCUACCAAUCCCAUUGAAUCCUCUGCCAAUAAAGAAACAUGAGUGCAAUCGGUUGCCUAUCCACAGUUGCUCUGAAGAAGACUUCUUGAAAGAUGUCAUGCAGUUUCUACUUCAGAGGGGCCACAUCCGACUUGUACCUCAGGGAGGACUGGCAGAAUUUCCUGACGCAGUGUUAAAUUCAAAGCGUCUUGAUUUAUAUAACUUAUACAAAGAGGUGGUAUACCGAGGUGGCUUUUAUGUAGGCAAUGGCAUAAAUUGGAAAGGUCAAAUCUUUUCAAAGAUGCACAACCAUACAGUUACAAACAAAAUGACGGGUGUUGGGAACACCCUAAAAAGGCAUUAUGAGACGUACUUGCUUGAAUAUGAACUUGCACAUGACGAUAUUGAUGGGGAAUGUUGCUUGAUUUGCCACAGUGGUGCUCUGGGUGACUGGGUGAACUGUGGAUUAUGUGGAGAAUGGGCCCACCUUGGCUGCGAUAGACGGAAAGGGCUGUCUACUUUCAAGGACUACUCGAAGGCGGAUGGGAUGGAAUACAUAUGUCCCCAGUGUAGCCUUGCGAAAUACAAACCGCCGUUGCCUGCACCAUGAAAUAUGUUGAUUAACUUCUGUUACUUUCUUAAGGGUGAUGGUUUGGAUAGAAAUUAGUGGCUAAGGAUGUGUAGUGUUGACCUGUACUAUUGAAUAUGAUCCUGUACGAUUUGUACAAUUUUUAUAAAAUUUCUGAUUUCCGAA